CGCCCCGGGCCGCGGGUGGGCGGAGGAGGGAGACGCCGCUUCCGCCCGGCGCGAAGAUGGCGGCGCCCUUUGUCUGGUCGGUGUCACGGUGAGGGCCCCGGGCGGCGAUGCGCGGCCCCCGCCGGGCCCGGCAUGGCAGAAUCGGUUACUGGAAAUGAGGACAGACUCCCCUUGGCAGAGACUGGACGGAUUGCAGCUGCUCACGUGCAAGAAGGGAGAUGACGGAUGGCUGUGUAGAGACUGACGUGAGCGCUGUGAAGGGGGAAAACUCCGUAGAAGAGCCGCAGCCGCCUCGCUCCUCGGGAUAUCUCCACUCCGCGCAGCACAGGGCCAUGGAUUUCCCCCAGCACAGCAAACAAGUCCUGGAACAGCUGAACCAGCAGCGGCAGCUGGGUUUGCUCUGCGACUGCACCUUCGUGGUGGACGGCAUCGACUUCAAAGCCCACAAAGCCGUGCUGGCCGCCUGCAGCGAGUAUUUCAGGAUGCUUUUUGUUGACCAGAAGGACGUGGUGCAUCUUGACAUCAGCAACGCAGCAGGCCUGGGUCAGGUUUUGGAGUUCAUGUACACGGCUAAGCUCAGCCUAAACCGCGACAAUGUGGAAGAUGUGCUGGCCGUGGCGGGUUUCCUCCAGAUGCAGGAGAUUGUCAGUGCCUGCAACGCUCUCAAGUCACUCGCCGUGCCGGCAGAGAACCCCCCGGAGAGCCAAUCACCCCCCGCUGCCCCCGGGGCCAACAAGGUGACUGUCAAGGACGAGACGUCGACAGCAGAAGCACCGGGUGAUCCUGAUAAAAUAAAACCGGUUCCUCCCGACCCGGAGGGGACAGAAGAGAAACCCAUGAUUGCAGAGACACAACCCGAGGGACAAACAGAGCAGCUGGGUGGCCAAGAAGGAGCAGAUGUUGCCAUCCAGGAGGGCCCCAACACCGAAUUUCCUGCCCCCCCGCAGCUGGCGGAGAGCGUGGUCAGCAGCGGCAGCCCCGCGUCAAAGAGCAAUGUCCCUGCGAGCGCCGAAACAGGAGAGCUGGAGCUGGAAGCGAAGGAGGAAGAGGGGGAGGUGACGGCAGAGCAUGAAGAGGAGGCAAAAAUCCCUGAGGAAGAGCAACCCCGCUUAGAAAACGGAGAAAACGCUGAAGAUAAUGAAUCAGGGAGCACUGACUCCGGGCAGGAAAACUUGGGUGAAACCCGUCUGCUGCGUUCAGGCACCUACAGCGACAGGACCGAGUCGAAAGCCUACGGCUCUGUCACACACAAGUGCGAGGACUGCGGGAAGGAGUUCACCCACACCGGGAACUUCAAGCGCCACAUCCGUAUCCACACCGGAGAGAAACCCUUCUCCUGCCGGGAGUGUAACAAAGCCUUCUCCGACCCGGCUGCCUGCAAAGCCCACGAGAAGACACACAGCCCGCUGAAGCCCUACGGCUGUGAGGAAUGUGGGAAGAGCUACCGCCUCAUCAGCCUGCUGAACCUCCACAAGAAACGGCACACGGGGGAGGCCAAAUACCGCUGCGACGACUGCGGCAAGCUCUUCACCACCUCGGGCAACCUCAAACGGCACCAGCUGGUCCACAGCGGCGAGAAACCCUACCAGUGCGACUACUGCGGGCGCUCCUUCUCCGACCCCACCUCCAAAAUGCGGCACCUGGAGACCCACGACACCGACAAGGAGCACAAGUGUCCCCACUGCGACAAGAAAUUCAACCAGGUGGGGAAUUUGAAGGCUCACUUGAAGAUUCACAUCGCGGAUGGGCCCCUGAAGUGCCGGGAGUGCGGCAAACAGUUCACCACGUCAGGGAACCUCAAACGGCACCUCCGGAUCCACAGUGGGGAGAAACCCUACGUCUGCGUCCACUGCCAGCGCCAGUUUGCCGACCCGGGGGCUCUGCAGCGCCACGUCCGCAUCCACACCGGAGAGAAGCCGUGUCAGUGCUUGAUCUGCGGCAAAGCCUUCACCCAAGCCAGCUCCCUCAUCGCCCACGUGCGCCAGCACACGGGGGAGAAGCCGUACGUCUGCGAGCGCUGCGGCAAGAGAUUCGUACAGUCGAGUCAACUGGCCAACCACAUCCGUCACCACGACAACAUCCGACCCCACAAAUGCACUGUUUGCAACAAAGCCUUCGUCAACGUGGGCGAUCUCUCCAAACACAUCAUCAUCCACACCGGGGAGAAGCCGUUUUUGUGUGACAAGUGUGGCCGGGGGUUCAACCGCGUGGACAACCUGCGUUCUCACGUGAAGACGGUGCAUCAAGGCAAAGCCGGCAUCAAAAUCCUCGAGCCGGAGGAAGGCGACGAGGUCAAUAUCGUCACGGUGGCUUCCGAUGACAUGGUGACAUUGGCCACCGAAGCACUGGCUGCCACCGCUGUCACACAGCUCACGGUUGUCCCCGUCGCAGCCGCGGUGACAGCGGACGAGACCGAAGCUCUGAAAGCCGAGAUCACCAAAGCCGUGAAACAAGUGCAAGAAGCAGACCCCAACACCCAGAUCCUCUACGCCUGCGAUUCCUGCGGGGAGAAGUUCCUGGACGCGUCCAGCCUGGCGCAGCACGUGCGGCUCCACACGGCGCAGGCGCUCGUCAUGUUCCAGGCUGACACGGACUUUUACCAGCAGCACUACGGCCCCCCCGGCCCCCCCUGGCACCCCGAGCAGGUCAUCCCAGCAGGGGAACUGCUCCUCCGACCCCCCCCUGAACCCCAAAACACCCCCUUAGCCCCCCCUGCACCCACAGCCGGGGAGGGGCAGCCGCCCCCCGAGUGAUUCCUGCGAUUCCUGCGCCCCCCCCCCCCCCAACUUUGCCUUUAUUUAAAAGCUGCUUGGAAAUGGUGUAAAAAGUGUAUUUCUGAAUGGAGAGAGAUGGAAUAAAUUGCAAUAUUUUCUAA